UCGUGAAUACAUACAUGGUCGUUAGGCAGACUAUUUUAACCAAAAUAUCGAAACACUCAGCCUUCCUGUCGAGAUGAUGUGCGACACGACAAACCGAAGUUUCCGGACGCAGUUGGCCGCUAUACUGGAAAAGCUAACGAAGGCGGCUUUGGUGGAAAUAGGAAACCUUGCAGACGAGUGCUCCUCCGUCCUUCACACCGAGAUCUCCCUGCACAAGACGGAGAACGAGGCCCUGAAGAAGAGGUGUUACUCCUUGGAGGUCCAGCUGAGAGCGGCGAGGGAGGCGCAGACCUACCCGGCACAUGUCAACAGUGUCAGCCGCCGACACCCUGCAGAACAGCAGCAGUCUCCUCCAGCCAUUGAUGGAGUGUUUGGAAAGGACUGGUGCAUGGACCUGUGGAGAGAAGACAAAGCUCUCUCUCAAAGGAAAGAGCCAGACCCUGCAAUGACAAGCAUGGGACCCCAGGGAUUAGACUUGAUGGAGAGAGAACCCGAUCUCAUCUUUGUGAAGGAGGAAAUAUAUGACGAGCAUCCCAUCGGGCAGCACAUGAGACUCAAUGAUAACAGAAAAAGUAUUGGACUUUUUGAGGAGGAGAGCAUGCUUCACAGAUCUGUCAAUGAGCUGCAGCUGCACCCAGGGGAAUUAAACAGCUUCUCCAUGACGACCGACAGCCAAAUGCAACAACGCACACAGCCGUCAAUUAUGGACAAGUUAAUAGAGGAUGCCACAAUGAGCAACAUGGUCGACAACACAAACCCUCCUCCAGACGCCGGCGAAUACUUUGACUAUACGAACAAUAUCCACAUGAACGCAACCAAAGACCUCACCAGUGAGCCCAAACCUGCGAAGCCGACAAAACAGUUUGAGUGCUUAUUCUGCGGGAAGAUAUUCAACUAUUUGAGCAGUUUAAAAGUCCACAUCAGACGCCACUCUGGAGAGAAGCCGUUCAGCUGCACGGUGUGCGGGAAGCGUUUCGCUCAGAAGACGUACCUGAAGCUGCACCAGCGCGUGCACUCGGGGGAGAAGCCGUACAGCUGUCACGACUGCGGCAAGAGCUUCUCCCAGAAAAGCUCCCUGAACAUACAUCUCCGGACACACACCGGCGAAAAGCCUUACAGCUGUGUCGAUUGCGGGAAAUGUUAUGCAUACAAGUAUGGUUUAAAUCACCACCAGUGUUUCCACAUGCCUGGUGAAGCCUCAUGAAUAUUUCUACUUAAGUGCUCUCAGUGUUGCUCAGAAUAGUUAAAAUAUGUGCCAGCAUCUCUACAUGAAGCUCAAAUAUGGAAGAAAAAUGUAAUAAAAAAAAAAUUAAAAAAAAAGAAAUUCCAGCUAUGUCAAAGAAAAGCAGCAGUGAUAACAGGACUGCUGCAAAAUCUUAGCUGGUUCGGUUUGUUUUUAGUUACACUGCAGGAAAAAUGCUCCAGCAAGCCAACUGACUGGGUCGGAUUUGUUUUAUCUGAUUGGUCUGAUGCU